CGCGGGAAGCGGGUUUGUUUCUGCCUGCCCCCGGCUGCAUGCUGGUUUCUCCUCCGGCCCAGCCACGCAGCAAAUUCGGUGUGUCGUGCGGGGCUCUGCGAAGGGCAUCACCCUUUACCCGCCUUGCAACGUUUGGAUGCUGAGGAAAUUGGGGAGUUGCGACCAAGUUGACUGUAGCAGUGUCAGCGUGUUAUGAUGCCAUCUCGUACCAACCUGGCAGCGGGGCUCCCCAGCAGCAAAGUGAAGUACUCCAGACUUGCCAGCACAGACGAUGGCUACAUUGACCUUCAGUUUAAGAAAAGCCCUCCUAAGAUCCCUUAUAAGGCCAUUGCCCUGGCCACCGUGCUGUUCUUGAUUGGCACCUUUCUCAUUAUCAUAGGCUCCCUCCUGCUAGCGGGCUACAUCAGCAAAGGGGGGGCAGACCGGGCCGUUCCCGUCCUGAUCAUCGGCAUCCUGGUGUUCCUGCCAGGAUUCUACCACCUGCGCAUCGCCUAUUAUGCAUCCAAAGGCUACCGGGGCUACUCCUACGACGACAUCCCCGACUUUGAUGACUAGCACCCACCCCGUGCCCGAGGAGGGUCAGAUGGGACUGAGCUCAGUCUGUGACACUGGGCUGAAACGAGCCAUGGGCUCAGGAAUUCAGUAGUGUGCAGAUGGCUCCCAGCUGUGGCCAGGUUUUAUGGGUCUGUCUCAGAGACGCUGACAGGAAAGUAAGGAUGCUUUGUUUCCCUGGCCCAAGCUUCCGCCGGUUCUCCACGUGACCGUCCUGGAAGAAGAGGGAUGGUCGUUGAGUGGAGAAGCAGGAGCUCCGGCUGCAGUGGAAGCGUUCGGUGCCGCCCUCCCUAGAGCUGCACGUGCCUCUUUCAGUAGUCUGUCGGUUUGCUCUUGUGGCAAAUGGAAAGAUACAGGCUGUCCGUCAAAAACAAA